AUGCCAACGGCCGCCGCCGCGCCGUCUGCCCCUCCGGCCGCUGUCAAGAAGAAGCAAAAUUAUACUAGUGUGCAUGAGGCAGUGAAAGCUGGUGAUGUAGAACAGCUUGCGUCAAUGAUAAAAAGUGGAGCUGAUAUUAAUGAGGUGGAUUUAGUCCACAAAUUCACACUGUUGCACUGUGCUGCACACUCUGGAAGUCUGGAGUGCCUUCACUGGUUGCUCUGGCAUGGAGCUGAUACAACACAUGUAACUGUCAGAGGCUGGACAGCAACUCACCUUGCGGCUAUCCGAGGUCGGGAUGCUUGCAUGCAGGCUUUGUUAAUAAAUGGAGCAAAUGCAGAAGCUCAAGAUGAUCGUGGGUGCACUCCGUCCCACUUAGCUGCAGCCCAUGGGCAGUCUUACACCUUACAAACCAUACUGCGAAGUGGAGCGAAUGUAAAUGUUUCAGACAGGAAUGACUGGAAGCCUGUUCAUUAUGCUGCUUUUCAUGGUCGCUUGGGGUGUUUGCAGCUUCUUGUUAGAUGGGGAGCGUGUAUAGAUGAUGUGGAUGACAAUGGAAACCUUCCAGCUCAUCUGGCAGCAAUGGAAGGACACUUACAUUGCUUUAAGUUCCUGGUCAGUAAAAUGGCCAGUGUCAUGCACACACUGAAAGCCAGGAAUGACCACGGAGAGACUCCAAGGGACUUGGCUGAACGGUUCUAUAAAGAUAAUAUUCUGCAAUAUAUAGAUGGUGUGGAAAAAGAGGAGGAGGAGCACCCAGAGACACAGGAAGUUUUAGCUUUCCCAGCCCAUGGCGCUGCUUUCAAAGGGGACUUGUUAGUGCUUAGAAGAUUAGUGAGCAGUGGAGUAAUCAAUAUUAAUGAGCGGGAUGAUAAGGGAUCCACUCUCAUGCACAAAGCUGCUGGACAGGGGCAUAUCCAUUGCUUACAGUGGUUGAUUGAAAUGGGAGCUGACUGUGACAUUACAAAUGAUGCUGGAGAGACACCAAAGGAUGUAGCUAAGAGAUUUGCCCAACUGGCAGCUGUGGAACUUUUGACACAAAGAACUGGGGACGGUAACUCUAGUGAUGAAGAACUAGAUGCAAACAACAUAAAGUUUUUUGAAAGACAUGGUGUGGAAGGGAGUACAGAUAGCAAAGAAGAGAUAACCCUGGAUAAAGCAGAGAAAAGGAACGCACGCAUAAGGGCCUAUCGCAAGAUUCAAGAACUUCAGCAACUUCUAGAAAUUGCCUACAGCAACUACAGGCAGCUGGGAGGAAUAACUGAAGAGGAGAAGAAGAUGAAAAAAGAAGAAAGGGAAGUUGAGAAGGCUGUGAGGGAGCUGGAGGCCCAGCUGGAAUACGAGCGAGUCAGGCGGGAGAAGCUGGAGAGCCAGCUGGAUGACUACCGUGCUGAGAUAAGCCACCUUAGAGAGAGCCUGGAGAAAACCCGUGUCCCCCUUGCUCUCCCGGUGGAAGCUGAGACCACCUCCAAAUCUUGCAAAGAGAAAAAGAAAGUAAAGAAGAAAACAGCCUGCAGCCCUGGAGGAGUGUUUGUGAGACUGCGCUGAGGAAUGAAACUCCAACAAGGGGCCUGCAGACAGAGGAGGUAGAAUG